CAGAAUUAAAAUUCGACACCAAAUUUAUAACUGUGCGUGUCCAUGCAUCACAAGAGCAAAAGACUGUGCCGUUAUGCGAAGGAUUGGAGUUCAAGCUGUUGGUUAGAUACAUGGGUGUGACUGCCGCCUCAAUACUCAAUCGCCUUCUUUCCCGAAAGAAUCUGAGCGCCAAAAUCGAACCCACCGGAGACGAAGCCACCACCACAAUCCUCAAUCACCUGAAAGAGGGCCGCCUUCGAAAAGCUGUCUCGUUCCUGUUUGAUUCCCCAUUCCCCUUUCCUCAUCCUUUAUACGCCCGCCUCUUCCAAAUUUGCUCCUCCACUCGCGCGCUUGUUGAGGCUCGAAAGGUCGAGUCUCAUUUGGUUACGUUUUGCCCCACGCCGCCCAUUUUCCUGUUGAAUCGGGCCAUUGAAGCCUAUGGUAAAUGUGGGUGUUUGGAGGAUGCGCGGGAGUUGUUCGAGGAAAUGCCUCAGAGAGAUGGGGGGUCGUGGAAUGCGAUGAUAACAGCAUAUACCCAGAAUGGGUAUGCUUUGGAAGCAUUGUAUUUGUUUUCGGAUAUGAAUAAAUCUGGCGUUCGUGCUACUGAGAUAACUUUAGCCAGUAUCCUUGGGUCUUGCGGUGUUGCAUUGGCUCUUCACUUUUCGAGGCAAAUUCACGGGCAUAUUGUGAAAUCUGGCUUCCUUGGCAACGUAAUUCUCGAGAGUUCUCUUGUUGAUGUCUAUGGAAAGUGCAGGCUUAUGAAUGAUGCACGCAGCAUGUUUGAUGAAAUUCAGAAUCGCAAUGAUGUUUCCUGGAAUGUGAUUGUUAGGCGCUAUCUUGAGGUGGGCAAUGGAAAAGAGGCAGUGUCAAUGUUUUACCAAAUGUUCCGAGAAGCAGUGAUGCCAUUGAGUUUUACCUUUUCCAAUGCUCUGAUUGCUUGUUCAAGUAUGGCAGCACUUGUACAAGGUAUGCAAAUUCAUGGUGUUGUAGUUAAAGUAGGUUUUGAAGAGGAUGAUGUUAUUUCGAGCUCUUUAAUUGACAUGUAUGUGAAGUGUGGAACAUUAGAAAAUGCUCACCAAGUAUUUAACCAGCCCAAUUCAAGUAAUCUGAUUUCUUGGACUUCAAUGUUAUAUGGAUACGCAAUGUCUGGGGAAGUUCCAAAAGCUAGGGAGCUUUUCAAUGAAAUGCCUGAACGCAAUGUGAUUUCAUGGAAUGCUAUGUUGGCUGGAUAUGUUCAUUCCGCUCAAUGGGAAGAGGCGUUAGACUUUGUCCAUUUGAUGCGCAGUUCGAUUAAGGAAAUUGAUCAUGUAACUCUUCGCCUGAUACUGAAUGUGUGUACUGGCCUUUUAGAUGUUGCAAGAGGAAAGCAAGUCCAUGGUUUUGUCUAUAGAAUUGGUUUCUAUGCUAAUCUAUAUAUUGGUAAUGCUCUUCUUGACAUGUAUGGUAAAUGUGGGAGCUUGAAAAGCGCCAGACUUUGGUUUUACCAAAUGAGUCAAUGGCGGGAUGACGUUUCCUGGAAUGCUUUGCUCACGAGCUAUGCUCGUCACGGCAUGAGUGAACAGGCCAUGACGAUUUUCGCAGAGAUGCAAUGGGAAACAGCUCCUAGUAAAUUCACUUUUGCAACUCUUUUAGGAGCCUGCGCAAACACUUUUGCAAUAGAGCAAGGCAAGCAAAUCCAUGGCUUCAUGGUUAGGAAUAAUUAUGAGAUAGACAUUGUAGUUAGCGGAGCUUUAGUUGACAUGUACUGCAAAUGCCGCAAAGUUGAGUACGCUCUCAAGGUUUUUGAAAAUGUAGCUUCCCGUGAUGUGAUUCUGUGGAACUCCAUAAUUUUAGGAUGUUGCCACAACAGAAGGGGUAUGAUAGUAAUCGAGUUAUUUCGAUUGAUGGUGAUGGAGGAAGGUCUGAAACCAGACCAUGUGACCUUUCAAGGUAUUUUGCUUGCUUGUGUAUAUGAAAAUCUCGUUGAAUUGGGGAGGCAGUAUUUUGAUUCAAUGAGUGAUAAGUUCUGUAUCAUACCUCGAUUGGAGCACUAUGAGUGCAUGAUCGAGCUCUAUGGUCGACAUGGAACCAUGGACGAACUCGAAAAUUUUAUCAACAAUAUGCCCUUUGAUCCCACUGUCCCAAUGCUAGAAAGAAUCCUAGAAGCAUGUAGAAAACACGGAAACUCGAAGUUGGGAGAAUGGGUAGCCGUACGACUUAAUGAGCGGAAUCUUUUGUGAAAUCAUGACAUAAAAACGGAAACUCGAAGUUGGGAGAACGGGUAGCCAUACGACUUAAUGGGCGGAAUCUUUUGUGAAAUCAUGGCAUAAAAACGGAAACUCGAAGUUGGGAGAACGGGUAGCCAUACGACUUAAUGAGCGGAAUCUUUUGUGAAAUCAUGACAGAAACAAAGAAGAUCCGCUUUCUCAAUUCAUGGUUAGGAGCCACUGUGGAAGCUAGAGAGUGACUUUAAGGUUGCAUACAAUGAGAAGUUGUCUCUCAUUCAUUACAAGAUCUAUUUUUUUGGCAACCUGCUCGAUAAUGUCAGCUAUCAAAGAGGGAUCCAGAUCCAAGAGUUGAAUGAGAAUAGACCAAGAAGUUAUUUCUCACUACAACAUCCAGUUUCCGCCAUUGGCCAUUGAAGAGUAAUUCAUGUUCAAGAUAUCAAUGACUGUUAUAAUCCUCAUCAAGUAAAGUCAUUCACUUACUAAGCUGUCAAUGCUUGUUUAAAUGGGGAAAUUAUAGAGCGAAUCCGUCGAGGUGUUGUUAUUGGUCGAAACAUGCUGGAGAAAGAUAAGCUACGUUGUCAAAACAACAAUAACAACAGACUUGGUGAUACCCUGCGUUUCUGCUUGAAGGUUCAGCUGUUUUAGUUGCCUUGGCUGAUAUAUGGGCAGGAAAUGAGCUGAUUCUUUAUUCUCUAACAUAGCUAUCUUCAAAUGAAUAGAUUAUGUGAUCUGAUAAAAAAUGAGAUGAUAACAAAUCAUGACAGAUACUUUGCUGACUGAAACACAUUACUUGGGUACUAUGGACUGACGACAUGUAUUUAAGGGUGACUGCCAAUUUUUCAGCAGCAAACUUAUUAGGAGAGGGUGGUUAUGGUCAUGUAUUUAAGGGUGAACUCAAAGAUGGACAACUCAUUGCAGCAAAAGUACGGAAAGAAGCAAGUGCACAAGGAUUUGUAGAAUUUCAUUCUGAGAUACAAGUUCUGAGUUUUGCUCGUCACAAGAACAUAGUGAUGCUGUUAGGAUAUGGUAGCAAGGAGAACUUAAAUGUUUUGGUGUAUGAAUAUAUUUGCAACAGGUCUCUUGAUUUUCACUUGUUUGGUGAGUAGCUUGUUGGCAGAGACUGCCCUGGUCUUUUUUUUCCUGAAAUCUACCCAUCCUUGCCAAUCCCCACUUCGGCUACCUGCUGCCGAAGUUUAAAGACAAUAGGCAUUCGCUCCUGUUUUUUUAUUUCAAUGAUGAAAAUCUCACGCUAUGGUGUCUGUGGCUGAGAGUUAGGCGACCAGAUUAUCUGAAGUGGAAGAGCAACUGAGGUGCAUACUACAUGGGUGUGAGGAUGACGAAAAGCAGCUUGCGCCAGCUCUGCAGGAUCCCACCCCGUUGGAUGGAGGCUCCACCUGUUUUUUUUUUUUUGCUGAUAGGGAUUAACAACUGAAAUGGAUUAGCCUCCAUCUCUCAUGCCUGAACUUCCACAGUUGACUAUUGUAAAUGUUUUUAAAAACUAUAUUAAAAAAACAAAGGAACAUAUAGGUGAAUGAUUCUAUCAAUAUAAAUUCCUUCAUUCUUCCUUUAAGAAGUACAGUAAAUGAUUGCAAAUCUAUAUAAGUAGCACAUUCAUUACGUGGAUUGCUGCAUCCUUCAUCCUUGAUAUUGAAGCAGAGGGAGAAGGAUGAUGGAAUGUCUUCAGGCUUGCAAUUUGAUGAAGUGAGUGGGGUGAGUUUCAAAAUUAUACCAACUGCUCAGAUGCGGCAACAACUAAGAAUAAAGCGUAGCAUGUGGCCGCAACAGCAGUAGCUUGGUGGCAUGGCAUCUUCCAUUUCCUUUAUUGUCCUCUUCGAAGGCAUAUUUUAUUAAG